AUGCAAAUUUGCUGGAGAUCUCUCAGGGGAACUACCGAUUGGUCAAGGCCGGUACGGCCCAAGUUGUUGCUGAUGCCUUCGCUGCCCAAAUGCAGUGUGAGGGUGAGAAGCUUCGAUCGGCAAAGGAUGAAAUCGAGCGUGUGUUGGCUUCGGGUGGUGAUUUGGAUCAUGUUACUAAGGCCCUGGAUCGAUCCAAUGAAGCUUACAAAGCAGCAUCCAUUCCCAUCCGUAAGCACACUACUAUCCCAAAGGCAAAGGCAAAGAGUGCCGCAACGGCUCCCUUAG